AGGCCGCCCCAGGCCUCACGGGGCUCACCUUCUGGCGCGGGGGCCCGGGGGGGGGGGAAAGGCGCAGUACGUGUGCACGGAUAGGUAAGGCUGCCGCCCUCAUGGAGGAGGUGGCACUCAAGCUGAACCUUGAGGCUCGCCCAAGAGGUGGAGAAUUCCAGGCCUCGGCGACAGCCUGGGCAAAGGCGCCGAGGUCGGAAGUGGAGUGUGUGCAAGGAACAGCUGGUAGGCCAGUUUGGCUGGAAUGAUUUCCAGUUCCUGAGCCAGACACCAUCUUCCAGAUGGAGGGCGAGGGAAAGCUGCAGAUUGUGGAGCCAGAGGAGGUUGAUAAUAGAGACUUCCAGAAGGGAAGCCCCUGCCCAGAUUCUAAGAAUGAAACUGAAAACAGAGGGUCUGUUUCAACACACGAAGCUUCCAAAGUAGAAUCACAAGGGAUAUUAUUGGUAGGUUUACAAGGGGCCAUUUCCCAGGACUCCAAAAUUGGAGAAACUUUUGGAUUGGGGGGCAGGUUAGAGGUACAACAGGAAAAGCCAGAAGAGAAAAGACUGGAAGGCUCACAUAACCAAGACGGAGAGGUUGGUAAUGGGACCACGUGCAUGAGCGUGCCCCCAGUAGAAAAUGAAUGUGGUAAAAGCUCAAAUCCUGUUCCACAUCAGACAGAUCCUCCAGAAGAGAAAGCCCAGAGAUGUGAUUUGCAUGAGCAUGGCUGCAGGCUGAGUUCAGAAUACACAAGUAAAUCCAAACCCCACAGUGGAGACAAGCCUCAUAAAUGUAAUCAGUGUGGCAAAGCCUUCAGGAGGAGCUCCAACCUUAUUCAGCAUCAGAAAAUUCAUAGUGGAGAGAAGCCCUAUAAGUGUAAUGAAUGUGGCAAAGCCUUCAGCCGCAGCACAACUCUCAUUCACCAUCAGACGAUUCACAGCGGAGAGAAACCUUAUGAAUGUAAUGAAUGUGGCAAAGCCUUUAUGGCGAGUUCCGCACUUAUUCGCCAUCAGACGAUUCACAGUGGAGAGAGACCCUACGAAUGUAAUGAGUGUGGCAAAGCCUUCAGCCGGAAUUCCAUCCUUAUUGAACAUAAGAGGAUUCAUAGCGGAGAGAAACCUUACGAAUGUAACGAAUGUGGAAAAGCAUGCCGAGGGAGUUCAAAACUCAUUGAACACCAGAGAAUUCACACUGGAGUGAAACCCUAUGAAUGUAAUGAGUGUGGGAAGACUUUCAGUCAGAACUCACACCUUACUCAGCAUCAAAGAAUCCAUACUGGAGUGAAGCCCUACCAGUGCAGCGAGUGUGGCAAAGCCUUCAGGCAAAUAGCCACUUUUAUUAACCAUCAGAGAAUCCACAGUGGUGAGAAGCCCUACGAAUGCAAUGUGUGUGGGAAAGUCUUCAGGGUGAGGUCCGAUCUCAUUCGGCACCAGAGAAUUCAUAGUGGGGAGAGACGCUAUGAAUGUAACGAGUGUGAGAAAACCUUCAGUCAGAGCUCUUGCCUUAUUCAACACAGGAGGACUCAUAGUGGGGAGAAACUUUAUGAAUGUAAUGAGUGUGGGAAAAAUUUUAGUCGGAGCUCAAACCUCAUUCAACAUCAGAGAAUUCACAGUGGAGAGAAACCCUAUGAAUGUAGCGAAUGUGGCAAAGCCUUCAGCAGGAGCUCAAACCUCAUUCAGCAUCAGAUGAUGCAUACCAGAAAAUCCUAUGAAUGUAAAGAGUGUGGGAAAGCCUUCCGAGGGAGAUCCAGCCUCAUCGACCAUCUUAGAAUUCACAGUGGAGAGAAACCCUAUGUAUGUCUUGAAUGUGGGAAAGCCUUCAUGCAAAACUCAAGCUUUAUUAACCAUCGGAGAAUUCACACUGGAGAGAGACCCUAUAAGUGUACUGAAUGUGGCAAAGCCUUCAGGCAGAGAUCCAGCUUUAUUAAUCAUAAGAGAAUUCAUAGUGGAGAGAAGCCCUACGAAUGUAGUGAAUGUGGGAAGACAUUCAGGGGAAGCUCAGACCUUAUUAAGCAUCGUAGGAUUCAUAGUGGAGAGAAGCCCUACGAAUGUAGUGAAUGUGGCAAAGCCUUCCGUGGUAGCUCAGCCCUUCUGGAACAUCAGAGAAUUCACAGAGGAGAAAAACCCUACAAAUGUCAUGAAUGUGGCAAAGAUUUUAGGUGGAGUUCAUACCUUAUUCAGCAUCAGAGAAUUCACAGUGGGGAGAAACCUUACAAGUGCUUUGAAUGUGGAAAAGACUUUAGGGGCAGAUCUCACCUAAUUCGACACCAGAGAAUUCACACGGGAGAAAAACCCUAUGGAUGUAAUGAAUGUGAGAAAGCCUUCAGGGCUAGUUCAGAUCUAAUCCAACAUCAGAGAAUACACAGUGGAGAGAAACCUUAUGAGUGCCAUGAAUGUGGAAAAGCAUUCAGAUUGAUUUCAACAUUUAUCAACCAUCAGAGAAUACACAGUGGAGAAAAGCCCUAUGAGUGUAUCAAAUGUGGGAAAGCUUUCAGAAGGAAUGCAUACCUUAUUCGGCAUCAGAGGAUUCAUACUGAAGGAAAACCUUACGGUUGUCAUGAAUGUGGAAGAGCUUUCAGAGGGAGCUCAGCUCUGAUUGAGCAUGAAAGAAUUCACAGAGGAGAGAAACCCCACGAAUGUCCUGAAUGUGGGAAAGCCUUCAGGGCCAGCUCAGUCCUGAUUGACCAUCAGAGAAUUCACAGUGGGGAGAAACCUUAUGGAUGUCAUGAAUGUGGGAAGGCAUUUAGGUGGAGUUCAGAUCUUAUUCAACAUCAGAGAAUCCAUAGUGGGGAGAAACCUUAUAAAUGUAAUGAAUGUGAGAAAGCCUUCAGGAGAAGUUCUGACCUCAUUAAGCACCAGAGAAUUCAUAGUGGAGAAAAACCUUUUGAAUGUAAUGCCUGUGGAAAAGCUUUUAGUGGGAGUUCAAACCUUAUUAGACAUCAAAGAAUUCAUAUUAGAGAAUAAUCCCAUAAACUUAAUGAAUAGAGAUAAGGAUUGAAUUUUUAAUUUCAGUGGUAUAGGGAAGUCCCAGGUGAGUAAACUCCCUCUACUGAAACACAAUAGCACCUUCUCUGCAAUUUACUAAAUCUUAAGAGAGUUGCCUAAAUCACUGAG